AUGUCAUUCAGAGUCUCUUCUCCCCACAACGAAAGAAUAGCUAAAAUUAGCGAAAAAUUGAGCCAAGUACAAUCCAAUGCUAAUAAUGAUCGUUCUGCAAAAUUAGAUUAAGGCGAAUAAAGAAUUAAAUUGUUAGAAGAUUCAUACACUGAAUUCGAAGAAAAGCUUGAAAAAAAAGUCACAACUAUUAGAGAAACUAUUUAAAAACUCUCCAAGCUUGUUUAAGAAGAUAAGUUGAACAGAGAACAUCAUUUCGAGCAAAAACAAAAAGAAAUUGCUUCUCUUGAUCAAAAGCUUAGCUCUGCCAUCGAAAGUGAAAUUGCAUCAAGAAAAGAAGGUGAAAAUAAAAUUACUAGAGCCAUAGAUGAAAAGACAAGUGUUAUUAGAGAUGAAAUUUCAAGAGAAUCUAAAAUCAGAAAUGAAACUAUUGAAGAAAUCAACCGCAAGUUAGAAAUUGAAUUGCCCAAGCUCAGAGAUGAAGUUAAUAACGAAAAAGUUCAAAGAGAGGAAAUGGAUUAAAAUAUUAUGAAGAAGACCACUGAAGAACUUGUAAAACUCACUAACAUAAUAUAGUAAGAAAAGAAGGAUAGAGAAGAAAGCGAGUAAUCUAUAUUUGAUAUGUUGAAAGAAGUAGUACACCGUGUAAAGACUGAAAUCGAAAAUGAAAAGAAGAAUAGAGAAAUGACAGAAGAAACUCUUCUUGGUUUAUUAGAAGACACUUGCAACAAAUUAAAUGCUGCUGCCCUUGUUUGA